AUGGCAACGCAACAGCCUCUGGCCGGCGGCGCCCAAAAUAGCAGCAGCUUCUCGCUUUUCCCCAACCCCAACGUGUCGCGACCGCCGCCGCCCGUCAUCCGUCUACAUCCCAACCCCCGGCCAAAGCGUUCGGCAUCGCGGGAACGGGCCCGACAGGAGCAGGAGCAGCAACUCCGGCAAAACCACGAGCAACAGCAGCAGCAUCAGAGGCUGAACACGCCACCAGGCCGCUUCUCAGACUCGGAAUCCCCAGAGUCGUCGCCGCCCCGGCCAGACACGACGACGCAAGUACCCACCACCACCCACACGCCGCUGCAGUUCGACCCCGUCUCCAGCUCCGUCGCCUCGCCGCAGCCGGUCGCCAGCAUUCCCGGGCGGAGCAGCAGCGUCCGCUCACGCAGCUCCAUCGCCAAGCCGCCCCUCACCGACGACAGCGGUGUCGGCGCCGCCGGUCCGUCGUCAUCCGCCGCACCAGCACCUCUCCGGUCCAUCUUUCCGACCUACAACCUGGACCUGCCUCUGGACCAGCAAGCCUACGGGCCGACACAGAUGAGCCUGUCCCACAUUCCCCGAGCCGUCAUCAGCCGCCAGAGCUACUACGACCCGGAAGUCAUGAGCAUCGGCCAGGCCUACACCAGCACCACCACCGAGCCGGUGCCCGAGCUGCCCCGCAGCGCUCCCCCUCCACGCUAUCGCCAGCAGCAGCAGCAGCAGCAGCAGCAGCAGCAGCAGCAGGACACGACACCGUUUUCGGCGGUGCACCGCGCCCAUCCGCGCGCCAGCUCGCUGAGCCCGCCCGUGAUCCCCACUACAAGCACCACCGAGGAGCUCAAGACAUUCUGGAAGGCCACCAACGGCUGGAAGGCCGCGCCCUCCGAGGGCCGCGUCUUCUGCCUGAAGCUGUCGCAGCUCAAGGACGCGCCCGUGUACACGCUGUCCUCCGCCUCGCAGCCGUUCUACACCCUGCGCCUGGACCCGACCUCCGCGUCCGCGCUCGUCUCGCUAUCGCGGCACGACCCUGCCAAGACGUACAAGCUGCCCAAGCCCGAGCUCUCCUCCUCCUCCCCCUCGAGCCCCGGUGGGCGGGGGCAGCGCGAGUCCAAGCACUGGCAAGAAGCGCUGCGGACGACCAUGGAGGAGGAUCGGUUGAGCACCCGCCGCGAGGACAGGAAGAAGCGCCGGCCGAUGGAGGAGUUUGAGCUGGACCUGGAGAGCCAGGAUGGCAGCUUGACCAAGGGCGGGCGGGCGAGGAGCAGGAGGAGAAAGAGGAGGGCCAAGGAAGAGGAGGACAAGCUGCCGUUUUUGCUGCGCGCGGGCAUAAGAGUCGCCAAGGGCGUGUUCAAGUGCGUCAUCUGGGUGUUGACGGCGCUGUUCCGCGUACUUUUUAGCUGCGUGCGGUCCAAGUAUUAG